AUGCCUUUUCCUUUCGUUCUCUCCACCACAUCCAAUAUUUCUUUUCAAUCGAGCUUGACGUCUUCUAGUCAUCCCUCUCUGCCCUCUGCGGCCACAUCUCAGCGAGCUCUCCUUCGUGCCGCGCUGAAGUCGCACAAACGACUGUCUCCCACAGACCAGGCCAGUGACAUUCCGUCUCUUGCCUCCAUCAUUCACAAUUACCUCCGCUACCUGCUAACCUUAGAUCUCGCAUUAUCCGGUAAGCCUGUCGCCGGGGAGGAGAUCCACAUUGCAUUGGCCAAAGAACCCGAGAUCGAGUGGCGUCCUACUCUCAGCUCUGCAUCCAUUCCGGGGCGUGAGAGGGAUCGCGUCAAAGGUAGAGGUCUUGAUUAUGACAUCUUCUUUGUCCACCACACCCUCGCUCUGGUCCACCAGCUUGCUGCCAGACAAUCUCUGUUAGGGCUGUAUGCCUCUGCAAACCCCAGCCCUGAGCAGCGUGCAGCACUGGUCCAGAAUGCUUCCAAGUCGUUGAAGACUGCCCACUCGAUACACUCCUACCUGCUACUCAGAACAAAUUCCUCCAACGACGGUCCGCCAAAUUUCCCUCCAGGUGCGGUCGACAUCUCGGCAGCCGUUCAGUCUGCUUUGCGACAUCUGACACAUGCGGAAUUCGACCUACUCUGCGUUCUGAAGGAUGAUCCAUAUCCUGCUCUACUUGUCCAAUCCCGAAAUAAGGAUGACAGAGAAUGGAUGAUCAGAGCUCCGCAGAUACCGAAGGUGCGAGCUCAAGUUUUGACCAGACUAUGCAUCGGAGCAGCAGAGCAUGCUUCUGCAGCCGCCGUCGCCCUCAAGGUCGAAGCAUCAAAAGUCUCCAAGGAUUUGCUGGAUUAUUGCGACGGAGUUCGAAGGACGUCGAGGGCCAAGGCCUGCCGGUUCCAAGCUCUAGAUGAAGACACGGCUGGCUCGACUGGUAGAGGCAUCGCAUGGCUCAAGGCCGCGUUGAGUGAGAUUGGAAUCGAACCGCCCAAGGAAAGCUCGAAAUCAGCCGGUCUCGGGCGAUUGAAAGCCUCUUGGAAUGAACGACGAGAGGACAAGCGGAUCGAAAAGGGAAGCCCGAAUUGGGGCCUAGAUGGCGGUAAGCUGGAAGAAGGACGCAUCGUGGAGUAUCUGUAUGAGAAGAUGUCCAAGGAGAAUGACACUAUCAACAUUCAAUUGAUCCCUGACUGGAAGCCUCUGCUCUCCUUGUUACCAAGCGGAAUGAAUAUGCCCAUGGACGACAAACGAAAACCGGACUUCUUGGAAGAAGCUGAACUUGCCGCUAUGAGAGCGCCGCCAGAAGAUGAUGACUUCAAGGACACGGCCAGCUCCGAUGAAGAGGAAGGUGGUGAUAGGCAGCCGGUUGGCGCAUUCCCAGGGACACAUCAGGAGUAUGGGGGAAGCGGGACAGCAUAUUACUGA